AUGGAGGAAAUAGUAGCUGCAGACACUGGAGAAGUCGUGCUUCUGAGAGUGAACUAUGCUCUGGCCCUAGGCCUCGAAGGAGAGGUCCCCUGGGCCGCGGCUUAUUGCGUGCUGAAACGUCCUGGAGGUCUCCUACUGGUGCUGCCUGCAGGAUAUCUGCCUGCUCAGGUGCUUCUGGAUGCAUUCGGGGAAGGAUUUCGUGGGGCACUCGGCCCUCACACAGAGACUUCGGCCCCUGCGGUGGAGCUGGUGGAGUCGGGAGAAUGGGCCGGCGUUUACCCGGCCAGAAACCUCAGCGUUUUGCUUGCCGACUUCUCAGAGGAAGCCCUUGUCGGCGUGGAGACGCAAGUGGAUGGCGCUGCGGAUAUGGUCCCUUCCGAUUCCGAGCACCCAAACAUGUAUCCCUUGGCGACUGCUCUGGUCACCUUUGCAACCAGCUGGACCGCAGGUGUGGAAGGAGACCGAGGGGCCGGCUACGUCACGGCGGAGGAGCUGGUUCCGGACCUGCCCCCAACUUUGGGCAGACGAGCGAAGGGGCCUCCAGUGGAGCCAAAGAGGAAGCCAACGGUCGCUCAGUUGGCCGCGCAGCAGUCGGACAUCAUGCAGGCCCUGCAGGCUUUGUCGACUCAAGUACAGAGUCUCGCAAGUGCAGGCCAAGCCGUGGUGGCCCCGACUCCCGAGCCGCCUCAGGUGCUUCAGACAAGAGCGGUCCCACUGCCUCAGCCGGCCUUGGCCAUGCCUGUCUCAGCAGCGAUUGCAGCGAGCCCCGCCGGGCCAAAGAAAGUGUCAGCCCUGCUUGGGGCACCUCCCCGAACGAAGGCUCCUCUCGCCGAUCUGGAUGGGCUCCCGAUGGACGACGGUUUGGGAGUCGGCCCAAUCGAGGAGGAGCCGCUGGACGCUGGUGGACCAAUCGCAGCUGCGGUUCUGGCACAGAGUCGAGCCCUCACUGCGCUGGUGGCUCAGAUGGCAAGCUCAUCAGAUCCUCUCUCCGAUCUUGGUGGAGGAAGCUCGUCCCUGUCGACCAAGGGUUCGGCGGCCAGAUUGAAGUUGCAAAAGGAGCUUGCUGCUCGCAAUGGGUCUUUCUUCGAGAAAGUGCAGGAGGCUGCAUUGAGGAGAAUGGACCCCGCCUCCGGCCCUCUCCAGGUUGGCGAGGAUGCGAUUGGAAGGUCGGUGAUGUGCAGGUACCUCGAACGAUACGGUGGCUUCCGAGACCACCGUACCUGGGGCCUGGUGCAGUGGCAGCUGGCCCAAAUCUUCGAUUUGCUGGGCACAGACCAGGUCGCCGGGGCAAAGGAUGCUUUAGCCAUGCUGAUGGUGAUGGUGGACCAGAUGGUCCUAGACUCUGGUUCUCCAGAGCUUGGUUGGAUAUUAACACUCCAGCCGGAUCCACCAAGCCAGUUGUUCUCCGCCCCGUCAAACGUGGCAGGCUCCAGCCUGCGCCCGUGCAGCCACUUAUCGGACCCGAGGUGGGUGGCUACUGCGCUCUCUUAUGUAAAGGAGAUGGAGACAUUGGCAUCGCGGCGGGCAGAAGUGACAAAGAAACCCAGCGGGGCACCGCCCCCGGAUGUGCCACCGAAAGCGCCGGGGUCUAUCCCGCCAAACUCGUUGCCCUACCCUGAUGCAAGCAAUGAGGCUCCGCGAGAGCUGACUCGGGUGUUCGGGGCUUACAAGUCCGACGCCGCCGAUCGCCAGAUCGGCGACCGACGAGGGGCCAACGGCUGCGAGGGCCGAGUUGACGGAGCGCAGAUGCUCACGUGCAUCACUACCAAGCCAGGUACGAAGAUCAUCGGGGCUAGUACUGAUCGGGCUGAUUUUUACCAUCAGGCAAAGGUAUCUUGUUCAAAGGCCGAGGGAAACGCUGCCGGUCCUAGGCUUCGCUUGGAGGAUUUCGAGGGCACUGAGACUCUGCGUUCUGCUAGAGCGCUUGUUCGAUCUGAACUCGCGAGACCGCGACCCUCACGGCCCCUUGCGUCCGUCCUAGAAGAAGCCCGCUUGGUUUCCCCGGCUGUGCUGCCCCGCCAUCUUUUCGACCCAGAGACUCCUGCCUACGGCUGUUUUCGAUCAGUCUAUCAAGGCGACCAUGUUGGAGUAGAAUACGGGACGGAGGCGCACGGGAACCUUCUUGAGGAAGGAGGGUUGCUCCUCCCACCUACUCGUCUGCUUGCAAAAAGGGCGCCGUCUCGACUUGGCCCCUGGGAGGGUCUGAUUAUAGACGAUUACUACUGCCUCUCCUCAGAGCCUGCAUCUGCUGAUCCAGCCUCCUCCGAGGCCACCCGCCGUGUCAGAGCAGCCCACGUGAUCUAUGAGAGGGAUCAAGUUCAGGGCUCCCCCCAUAAGGAUAUCCUCGGGGCUGACUUUAUAGUGUGCGCAGGGGCCCAGGUUGAUUCUUCGGAUAAGGUUGUUAAGGCCGGUUGCUGCUUCGUUUCAGCCGCAACUCCGAAGCUUCUUGCUCUUUCGGUGAUCAGCUUGAAGACGGCAGCGAUGCCCGCCAUCUCCGAGGAGCUUGCCUCAAAUCUCGCUGGGUCCUGGAUCUCCGCUCUGAUGUUCAGGAGACCGCUCUUUGCCGUGCUCGAUGGCCUUUUUGGGCUCGGUAAGUCCUCAGCCCAGGCCUCUGGAAGUGGCCUUCGUUUUCUCCCGAGGAAGGUUGCCCAGGAACUCGUCGUCCUGGCUUCGCUUGCCCCUGUCCUUCUCAGCAAUGUUGCUGCUCCUUUCUGUGACAGGGUAUUCUGUUCUGAUGCCUCGAUGAACCGUGGAGCGACGUGCUCUACCAAAGUGCCGGAGGAGGUGGCAGCCUCGCUCUGGCUAGCAGCCGAAAAGAAGGGAUGCUACACAAUGCUCGACGGCGGAGCAACAAACUGCAUUCCCCCUGAUUCCGACCACGAGGACGGAGAGCUUGAAGUUGCAGCCAAGAGGCCCCUCGCCUUUGACUUCGAUGUUCUCCUCAUCUUCGAGGGAGCUGCCGGAUUAGCUGUUGCCGCAGCGGAGAAGGGUCUUAGAUGCUCGCCGGUUAUAGACCCAAGGCACUCCCCUGAGUACGAUCUUCGUAGGUUAGCAGUUUUCGAGUGGGCCCUCUACUUGAUUUGGGCUGGGAAAGCCCGCAGCAUUGCCAUUGUUUUCCCGGCGGGGCUGACCCCUUGCCUGCCGAAACAUCGCGAUGGAAGAGGUCCUGUCACUGAAGGGGCCAGCAUGAUUUUCAAGCGCAGUGUUGCCCUCUUAAAGGCGGCAGUGAGGGCCUCCGUUCCGGCAGUGUUCUUGUAUAAGAAAGGAGCGGGAGUGCUGACCACCGCUCCAGCACGGAAUCUCCUAGCAGUCGACAAAGUCCAGAUCGUUCCACCUGCGAUCGGGGCUCAAGGUAGCCUGGGCCAGCCGGGCUUAGCCUUCUGCCCGACUGAGUUUCCGAAGCUUUUCUGGGCGAGCCGCUCUGUGCCUCAGGCCGCUGCUUCUGGGUUAGUUAGCCUUCUGCAGUCCGCCGUCUCUGCCAAUGCCAAUGACCGCCCUCUCAGCCCAGGUUUGGAGAACAUAGCGGUCAAUGAGGUUCUUCUCACAGGUGAUUGGCAGGUUGACUCGCAAUGGGCCUGGAAGCGGCAACGGCACAUCAACUGCCUGGAGACAGAGGCCGCGGUGACAAAGCUUAGGGACAUCGCUAGGGAGGGCCGGGAUUCCAGACCGGUCCUGAUCCUUGACUCCUCGUGUGCUAGGGGAGCGCUGGCCAAAGGACGUUCGUCCGCUAAGCUGCUAAGGCCAAGCCUUCGGAGGGCUGCUGCCAUUAGUGUCGCCGGGGGAAUCUUCCCAGCCUACCUCUAUGGCCCCACGAGGUUGAACGUCUCCGAUGACCCCACUCGUGACGUGCCGCUGCGCGAGCCGCACCCCGAAUCUGCCCUUCGAGAGCUGAGUGAGGCCGCGACGGUUGAACUGUGCACGCUUUCAGGUGCCAACAAGUCGCGCGCUAGAUGGGUCCGGCUCUGUCUCCUGCUCGUGCCCGUUGGCUCCCCACGUGAAAAGCUCAUAAAGAGCAUCUGCAGCGACGACUGGAGAGGUUGCCCCCGGGCACCUCCAGCUAGCCUUUUCAUGCCCGUUGGAUCGGCUUUGCAUCCAGCUGAAGCUUUCGCAUCAUGGGCCCUGCAAGGAGGAAAGACCGAUGCGUUCACCAUUGGAGAGCUCUUCGACCUCCUCCCUUGUGAAGGCAGAGACCGCUUCGGCGAUAACGAUGACUCUAAGCACUGGACCACCGGAGCCUAUGCCCAAGGUGGGUCCGUGUGUGAGGCCAUCCGCAGGAAGCAACUUACAGGAGAGCUCUACGACGUUGCAAGCGGUGAGGGGCCUCUCCGCCUUGCCUUGUUCUGGACUUUUGUGUUCUUGGGCUGCUCCACCUGUCUGUCCGUCCUCUCUCCGAGGAACCCCGCCGACGUUGCUGGUUUCAGCCUGGACGCUUUACUUUCUGCGAAGCCGCUCGAUGCAGAGGCUGUCAGCGACUGGGUUGUCCGGUAUGGCCGUGAUCUGUAUGGUUCAGGACGGCCCUACUGGCACUAUUCCGAGACAAUCAACGCGGUGACGUCUCUGAAGCCGGUUUUGAGAAGACAGGUCCAAGCUGCAUGGGAUUUGGGCUUCGCUUGGCUCAUUGAGGAACCGACAUCUCAUCACACGGCGAUCCCAGCUGUCAUCUUGAUAGCUAUCCUUUCCGCGAGCUUGGCUUGGGGCUGGACCCGGGAGGCUGGCUGCUUCGCUCUUGCUUUUGGUGGUUUGCUGCGAAUCGGCGAGGUUAUUCAGUGUAAACGUUCGUCAUUAGUGCUGCCUAGUGACGUUUGUGACACGCAGAAAUAUAUUUUGGUGCGUAUCGAGGAGCCCAAGACGAGACAUAAAGGGCCUCGCCAUCAGACCGCUAAGGUUGAGGCCGCAGAUCUUGUCAGCGUUACCGAACUUGCUUUCGAACAUUUUCAACGAGGGGAGCUUUUGUGGCCCCUUUCUCCACAAACUCUGCGAAAGCGCCUGGAUUCGAUUCUCAAAAGGAUCGGGGCAUCUCCGGCCCCACACGGCGUCCGAGAAUUAGAUUUAGGUUCUUUCACAGCUGGAGGAGCCACUUACAUCCUGCAGCAGACCGAAGAUUCCGAAUUAGUUCGACGUCGAGGCAGGUGGGCCUCGGCCAAGGUCAUGGAAGUUUAUCUUCAGGAGAUCUCAGCGAACACUUUUCUGCCGUCGCUGCCACGGCCGCAGAAAGACAAGCUCAUGCAGAUCGCUGGAGGUUUUACCGAUAUUCUCAGGCAGGCGUGGGCCUGGAAGAAGCAAGGCAUUCAGAGCAACGUUUGGUACAAUCUGUGGUAUCCGGGAACGACGCCGUCCGAGAGACAAGCCUUCUUCAAACAGGUGGAGGACGUUUUCGGCGAGCUCCUCAUGGAGAACGUGAGUCUGAAUGAGACCAGCGUAGCGGAGCUUCAGCGCCGCAAUCAGCGACUUCUUUGGUUCGCGUCGGACUACGCCGAGUCGACGAAGAGCUCGGCACGGGCGUGGGAUGCGAGGUCCCUCGACAACCAGCUGAAAGGUGGGAGUCACGGACGAGAGUUCGUGGACUUCAUGGCGCAAGGAGCCAGCAAGCUUCGAGAAGACCGCGCUCGCAACGAGUUUUUGUUGGUUAGCAUGUCGAGCGGUCCUUCGCAAGCUGCCGUCGAGGAUGCAUUGAAGCUGGACUUCCUUCCCGAUGUCUUCGGAGCGCACAAGAAGUGGAGCAAGGACUGCGCGGAGAGCUCCAAGAUACCGAACAUGACCUCCUGGUGUCCCGAGUCGCUGAUGGACUGGGCUUUGCUAAGCAACUACUACAAUCAGCGGGCCCUGGACUUCAUCUACAACCUGGGCUCCUCGAGUCCGGCGGCCGACUUUCCCAACGCGAUCUACAUCAACACGGUUGAUGCGGGAGGCCUCAUUCGCACUGGAACGGCCAAGAUCAACCCCUUGGAAGAGGAGUCGCGUGUGUCGGACGACAGUCAUGCCGAAGAUGGCUAUGCGUAUUCGGCCACGCUCAUUGCAGCCAACGUGCGCCGGCUGUGCCGAAAGACUCGGGCCGAUGGCUGCGAUGCCUUGGCCGCCGGCGCCGCCUCGGCGCGUGCACUGCAUCCGGUGAGCCUCUGGGAGGACUCUCACCACGGACGCUUGGUCAACUGGCCAGUUCUCUCCCCCGCCAUUGCGGUGAUUUGA